UGGCGGCGGCGGGGGCGGGGGCGGCGCGCGGCGGCCAAUGGCGCGCGGCGCUGCAGCGAGGGCGGUGCAGGAACACCGGCCGCUGACAGCCAAACUCGCCAACUCCGCCCUCGUCCCCGCGGGAUCCCGGAGCCUGAGCCGGCCUGGGGCCGAGGCCGCCCGAGCCGCGAGGCGAGCGAACAUGGCAGCAGAAUGAGGAGGCUGGCGCCGGGUCGUGGCCGCCGCUGCCGCGCUGCAGCUCGGGAUCCCAGUCCGGCGCGCUCCGGGCCGCAUCCUUAGCCGGCCUCCUGGCGGCCGCGGGAUUAUUUCAUUCCCAACGGAGAGCUAGGGAGAAAGGAGACUCCCCCGCGGAGCGGUUCCGUGCUUUGGCAGGGUGUAGACGUUUGUCUGUGCGAUUCGCCGGCUGCGCAAACGACGCGGGAGAGAGCCGGUCCCGGGCUGCGGCGGCGCGGCCGCGGGGAUGAGCCGGCCAUGGAGCGGCCUUGGCGGGGCGCACGCAGCGGACUGGCGCUGCCGCGGGAGCGCAGCCUGAGCCGGGGCUCCAGGGGGCUUCGAAGCCUCCGGCGCCCUGGAGGGGUCCCUGCCGCCGACUCCGGGAAGGACGCGAGCCCCGCGUGGCGGACACUGCCGCAGUCACCGUUCUGAGGCGCCCCGAGCUUGCUCCGCCUGCAGCUCGGUGCGCUCUGGGCACCCGGGCGCCUUGCCCGGUGCACGGCGGCUGGCGCACCGCGGCUAGAUUGGCUACAGGAGCGGGGUGCAGGACUGGCUAGAGGUGGGUGUGUGCGCGCGUUGGACUGGAGAUCCGAGCAGAAGCAGAACCAGGCGGCUCUGAGCAGCCAUGCUUCCCGGGGUGGGCGUGUUCGGCACCAGCCUCACGGCCCGUGUCAUCAUCCCGCUGCUGAAAGACGAGGGCUUCGCGGUGAAGGCGCUGUGGGGCCGCACGCAGGAAGAAGCGGAGGAGCUGGCCAAGGAGAUGAGUGUCCCCUUCUACACUAGCCGCAUUGAUGAGGUGCUGCUGCAUCAGGACGUGGACUUGGUGUGCAUUAACCUGCCGCCGCCCCUCACCAGACAGAUCGCUGUCAAAACCCUAGGCAUCGGCAAGAACGUCAUCUGCGACCGCACGGCCACGCCGCUGGACGCUUUCCGCAUGACCUCGGCCGCCCACUACUACCCCAAGCUCAUGAGCAUCAUGGGCAACGUGCUGCGCUUCCUGCCGGCUUUCGUGCGCAUGAAGCAGCUGAUCGAGGAGGGCUACGUGGGCGAGCCGCUGGUGUGUGAGGUGCAGGUGCACGGCGGCAGCCUGCUGGGCAAGAAGUACAACUGGAGCUGCGACGACCUGAUGGGCGGCGGCGGCCUGCACUCCGUGGGCACCUACAUCAUCGACCUGCUCACCUUCCUCACCGGCCAGAAGGCCGUCAAGGUCCACGGGCUGCUCAAGACCUUCGUGAAGCAGACUGACCACAUCAAGGGCAUCCGACAGAUCACCAGCGAUGACUUCUGCACCUUCCAGAUGGUGCUGGAGGGCGGGGUGUGCUGCACCGUCACCCUCAACUUCAACGUGCCCGGCGAGUUCAAGCAGGAUGUCACUGUGGUGGGCUCAGCCGGGCGCCUGCUGGCCGUGGGCACCGACCUGUACGGGCAGCGCAACAGCGCUCCGGAGCAGGAGCUGCUGGUGCAGGACGCCACGCCGGUGAGCAACUCCCUGCUUCCGGAGAAGGCCUUCAGCGACAUCCCCUCGCCCUACCUGCGCGGCACCAUCAAGAUGAUGCAGGCGGUGCGCCAGGCCUUCCAGGACCAGGACGACCGGCGCACGUGGGACGGGCGGCCCCUCACCAUGGCCGCCACCUUCGACGACUGCCUGUAUGCCUUGUGCGUGGUGGACACCAUCAAGAGGUCCAGCCAGACGGGCGAGUGGCAGAACAUUGCCAUCAUGACCGAGGAGCCGGAGCUGAGCCCCGCCUACCUGAUCAGCGAGGCCAUGCGCCGCAGCAGGAUGUCCCUCUACUGUUAGCACAGACUGAGAACCUCGGGGACUUGAGCCUUCUGCAGGGGAUGUCCACAGAGAGGGAAGGGCCGAGGGGAGAGGGUGACCAUGGGGAAUGUGGGGAUCAGGGAGGUGGAGGGACAGUGUGAAUAAAUGGCAUCUAGGAAGGUAAACUCCAAUCCCGGUGACCGACCCCAAACCAGACUGUUGGUGGGCUGAGCUCCUAGCCUGGAAGCAUUCAGGAGAGCCUGCCAUUCCUGGGAUGAUCCCUGCUGGGUAUUUGCACGAGAGUGGUUUGGUUUAGCUGCCUCUGCUGCCCUUUACUGUGACAAGCAAGGAGGGGUUGCUUCCCUCCCUACCUCAUCCAUCCCACACACCUUGGCCUUCUGCAAGCCAAGUGGUUCUGCAAGGUCAAGGCACUAGUAUCAGAUGGCAAGCUCAGUGCCCGGGAUACCCACUGCUGGCAGGAGAAGGCCCAUUUUCACAGUCCACAGAAGCGUGUUAGGCUGGGGUUGGGGGUGGGAUGGGCUGGUGAGAAAGUUCAAAUUCCAGGAAGCCACUUUUUAUUGGAUGUAAGGUAUCUAACAGCAAAAGUACUUAGUAGCAAAGUGGCCACCUUUUGAUUGAUUGGGCUUCCUCAUAGGAAGCGCUGAGGGUGUGUCUUUGUACUUGGUUCAUUGCCCUUCACCUGGUGGAGAAAGAGAGGUCAGAAAUAGCAAGCAAAAAGCAGGACUCCCAGGAGCCACAAGAAAAGAGCACAGGCUGCACCAAAGCAGGGGCAGCAGAGAAUAAAAUAUCCCUUUGAACUUGUCAACAAUUAAAAAACUGCAAGGAGUCACCUUAUAACACUAUUUCCAGUAAAGGUGGAAUUGAGUAUCAGAGGGAUUACUGCGUUGUUAAGGUAGCCCUGCCACGUGGCUCUCCAGGCAGGGCCAAGAAGACAGCACAAAGUAUGGGUUUGACCGUAAGCUCAUAUGUUGCCCCCAAAGACUGGGGAGAGCUGUGUGCCUCAGUGUUGCAGUGUGAAUUCCUAAAUAGAGGGUAAAGUGAGCCUAGCCAGGAGGUGUUUGGGGCUCUAUCGCGCAUCUCUCCUACCAAGCUGGGCAAGAGCUUUUAGGAGAUUCAUCCAGCUUUGUGGAUUUAGAAAGGAAGCCUUCAGUUCCAAUCAGAAUCCUCUUUCCUUAAAAAAAAAAAAAAAAAAAAAGUAUUUUCCUUAGCUCCAGCAUUUGCUUUCAGGAUUCUGACACCUGAGAAUUUGGGGGUAGGUACUAAACAAAACAAAACAAAAGGACAACAAGGAACAUUAUUUCUAGUGUUUCUAAAAUGGGGGUUUAGAACCCCUUAAGGGGCCAUACUUAGGCUUGAAAAGGCUAAUGUUGGAAAAAACAUGUUCUUCUAAUUGGUCUGCUGUCUGUCUUGUCCUUGCACACUCUGCUUACAGAGUUUUGUUAGAGAUGCUGAACUACAGGCUGGGAGCAGGCAGUGCCAAAAGGGAACAGACACACACACACACACACACACACACACACACACACACACACACACACAGAUUUUUGAAUGGUUGCUACCGACAAAUGUCGCUGAAACCAUUCUUUAAAAAUUCAGAUCUGGUCUUGAAAGAAAGAGCCAAUCAAGUGCAUUCAGAGAACAGGGAAUUAUCCUUUGUUAUCUUUGUUUAAUUCUUCACCCCACGUAAGACAUUUGUCAAGUGUGGACGUGGAAGCCAUUCCUCGUAAGUCUACGUAGCUUUUGUUCACAGGCUCACUGAAGUCCAACAGGUGUCUUUACAUGCAACUGAGGUUUAGAGUUCUUUUCAGAUAGCUGCCAUUGGAACUAGAAGGGAAUCUAAGAGGACUGGAGUCCACCCCCAGCCUGUGUAGGCAAAAUCUGAGAAUGAACAGCCCAAUCAGUUGCAUCCUUCAUUGUCCUCCCUAGGGUCAAUAUUCUUUGAAGCCCAGGCUACUCAUAGGUGCAAGUGUGGUGUGUCCAAACACGAGGGGAAUGCUGGGCAUUUUCUAGAACAGAGAAGUAAGUACUGCCUUCCUGGAAAGAGUCACCCUGCUUCCUGAGGCUUUGCUACAGCACUGCAGGGUGGGUCAGCUGAAACUCCAUGCGUGGUUUGUUGUGGUCCCUGACCUAUUGCUGACAGACUUCAUGGUCAGCAUUCCAGCUCUUGCAGCUAUCAGUUCCAAACCAGAGAUUUGCUGGAAUGGAAGUCUCCCAAUAAUAGUUUGAACAGAGGCCCAUGUCAUGGACUGCUUUGGUUCACAUUCUUCUUCUUUUUUUUUUUUUUUUUUGAAAUGGAGUCUCGCUCUGUCACCCAGGCUGGAGUGCAGCGGUGUGAUCUCAGCUCACUGCAACCUCUGCCUCCCAGGUUCAAGCGAUUCUCCUGUCUCAGCCUCCCGAGUAGCAGGGACUACGGGUGGCUGCCACCACAGCCGGCUAAUUUUUUGUAUUUUUAGUAGAGACGGGGUUUCACUGUAUUAGCCAGCAUGGUCUCGAUCUCCUGACCUCGUGAUCCACCUGCCUUGGCCUCGCAAAGUGCUGGGGUUGCAGGCGUGAGCCACCACACCCAGCUGGUUCUGGUUCUUCUAAAUUGCUCACUGGGAAAGUAGUUUUUGGGGAAACAUUGGAAUUAUUAUUAUUAUUAUUUUCUAGCUAGCCUGAAGGGCUCCGAUUAAGGAUGAAGGGAAAGUAAACAAAAUGAUUCAAUGGGUUUCAUUUUUCUAAGUCAUUCAUAACCUAAACAGGGAUAUUCCUGGGGUUUCAAUUGUAUGUUUCUGUACUAAACCAUAAUACUCGCGAAAUCUUUUCCCAAAACUUGGGGUUUUGGAGAGAGGUCCCCACAAAGGCCUCUAAGCUCUGUAAUACAUAUUUAAUGUCUAAAACAAAAAAUCUCAUUUGAAGCUGGGGUAUUAGAAAGAACAUAUAUCCUUUAAAAGAGGCAUGAAAAAAUAUUUUAGUGAGUGUACUCAAAUUUUAUCUACUGAAAUGCAUGUAGUAGGUAGGUGAAGGAGCAAGAGAAAGAAAAGAACUGGAUAGUUCAUUUUCUUUAAAUAUAAAAUGUAGCAAAUGGGUUUGAGAUACUCCUUUAGUGCUCCAUUUGCCCUUAUCCCACCACAUGCAAAGACUUGAUUUGGGGUAGCUAUAUGAAGCUGAAAUCUCUAGCCUUCAACAGUGUUCUGCAGAAGGACUUUGUUUCAGCCCAGCACCGUUCAUCAUGCCCUUAGGGGUCUGGGUACCCACAGCUGACUUUGACCUAGGACUAAAACCCAGCAAUCUUUUGGCUCCUUUCUGCUUUGUUUAAUGUGUUUCAAGGGCCUUGAUGCAAGGAGGCAGUGCUUUAAGAGUCUUCCCAUUUAGUUCCUGCACGCCUGUUUCGUUCCCAUCAAUGUGCGAAUGGCCUAGAUUCCAAGUUAUGAGGGAGGGUGUGGGUCAGGGUUCUUACCUGGUAUUUAAAAAAUGUUUGGGAGUGCCCUGGGCCUAUUUGAAAAGUUUGAAUCUGUGAUCACUGUCAGCUCCUCCAAGACUUCUCCUCUCAACAGACAAUUGCAUUGUAGGGCACCCCAGACACCCCUUAGCCUACAUGGCAGCAAAUACCACUGUGCCAGGUAUACCUGGACUCUAGGGUAGUCUUGGCCAACUCCAAGACUGGCCAACUCCAAGACUUGUCCACUGUGUGCAGAGUAUUUUAAGUAUGUUAUACAAUCCAUAAAAACAACCCUAUAGUGUUGGGUAUUGCUAUUUCUUUUAUACACAUGAGAAAAUGGAGGCAGUAAGAGGAAGAGGAACUUGUUCAAAGUCACACAACUGUUAGGCAGAAAUGAGGUCAUUCAAAUCCAUAAUCUUCUCCUCCAGACCACACUGCCUCCCAGGAAGAGAUGUGGGCACCUCCUGCUCUUGCCAGGCAGGAAACCGCUCCUUAUCAACGUCUACAGGGGUCUGCUCUCACACCCAGGAAGGACUGUGACAAGCAUGGACUGGCCUGCAACUCCACUCAGCCUGCUGUCAGCACCCUCCUGUUCAGCAGGAUGCAACAUCUGAUGUUCUGCCAGGAGGCUGUAGAGCUGCACAUAGAAGUAGCCAGUGUUUCUUCCCAUUCCAAAAUGGAAAUAUCACUCAGCCUUUUUUAAAAUUGACUUCCUAUGUUCAUUUUGAUUGUAGGUGAUGCAGCCUCAGGGCUGGGGAUUUUCAAAAUCUUGUUGGCUGACUAUUAUAGAUGGCCUUGGAAUUUGCUCUUGGGGGUCUGAAUAUAACGUAGGAAAAUGUCGUUUCUCAGGGAGUGGGGCUUUAAAGUUCGUUUGUUUGUCACUCAAAUUUUAGCUGUGCACUGCACCUUUCUUUACACCCUUACUCUCUUCAUCUUGUCUCAUAGCCACAGCUAUUGAAUUUGACCUGUGAUCAUAAGUUGGGUUUCUGAUCUGAUCUCUUGCAUUCUGGUGGGUACUGGGGGCAGAAUCAGCUUUGUUAAUGAUUUUCUGGGCAGAAGGUAAAUUCAGCUGCAUCUGAAGGGGCUUCACAGUCCAAUAGCCGUCCUUUUGUUUUACAUAACAGAGAGUGAUGGUCAAGGCCACCCACAUCUUUAGUGGUAGAGCCAGGACAAAAAGUCAGGUUUUCUGCCUCUUAAGUCUCAUGCUGCCUCACAUAGCACCUCCAGAGCUCUAGGGAAAGAAGGCUCAGAGAGAUGAAGUGACUUGUCUGAAGUCCUGUGGCUACUGGCAGAGAAGUUGGAAUUAGACCUGCAUUGGACCUCAAUUCGCUGAGCAGUUGCAGGGAAAUCUGGAAAUCCUUUUUUUUUUUUUUUUUUUGAGACAGAGUCUUACUCUGUCACCCAGGCUGGAGUGCAAUGGCGUGAUCUCAGCUCACUGUAACACCGCCUCCCGGGUUCAAGCGAUUCUCCUGCCUCAGCCUCCUGAGUAGCUAGGAUUACAGAUGCACGCCACCAUGCCCGGCUAAUUUUUGUAUUUUUAGUAGAGACAAGGUUUCCCCAUAUUGGUCAGGCUGGUCUUGAACUCCUGACCUUGUGAUCCGCCCGCCUCGACCUCCCAAAGUGCUGGGAUGACAGGCGUGAUCCACCGUGCUCAGCCGGGAAAUCCAUUUUUUAAAAUAAAUUCAAUUAUGUCUUGAAUGUACUCAGAAAACGAGCUGUUUAAAAUGUCCCAUUGUGACUGUAAUGUGAACAAUGACCUCUAACUUGUAUUUUAUUUGGCAAGGAUGGGGGAUGUGCAUCAAAUCUUCACCUCUGGGAUUUCCUGAGGCUUGGUCUACUUGGCUCACCCUCCACCCGCAUCCCCACCCCACUCCUAGAUAUUAAUACAAAUCUAGCCUUGACCACCGCCUACUGCUCCACCACCGCCUACGUUUUUGGCCAUCAGAGCCUUGGAGUUUACAGAGCAGAGGCCAUGACAUUGGGGAGCUUGUUUAAAAAUCAAUGAUCAGAACCCCACAUUUUAGUUUCCUUUUGGGGAGAAAGAGGAGGGCCGUGGAAGAAAAGGGGUGUGCAGCUGGAGCGUUAUUAUGUCUUUCUCAGCAGCAGGCAUGCCCGCCUCUCCACCUUCUCCCUGCCAGGCACAGGAGCCAGCAGCUGGAGCGUGCUCUGAGUUUCAGGGGACCCCCCACCCAGACUGACUGGGGCUUCUGGGACUUCUCAUAGGAGGAGUCAAGACCUCCUGCGCUUCUUUAAAAGGUGAUGGGCUCAGUGUUCCCAGUGGCAUCUGGAGGUGAAGCCGGUACUGUCUCAGGAGUGGAAGGCAAUGGCCCACUGGCCUUUUUCUCCCCCACGUCACAGUCCCCAUUUGCUGGAGCCCUUGAGGGGGCCACCGAAACUGUGGCUCUCAUUCAGCCUCCCAAGGUGUUGCACUACUGAAUACUCCUUUCUGUUUACACCAGCAGUGAAUAGAGUCAUGAAAAGAACAUAUUAUAUGCAAUGGCUUGAUGCUUAGUGUGGCAAUCAAAAGCUUGCCUGGGCAGAUGUAGGCAGGGGCUAGACAAUAGUCAUGGAGUUGUCACCAGGUCACUGUCUCUCUCCUUCCCCUUCCAGGUCUCUACUGUCCCCUGCAGCCACCACAAGGGCUAAGCUGUUGAAUGAGCCCCUUGGUUUUUCCUUAUAAACGCAAUGACUUACUUGUGAUUCUUAGUCUAAUCCCAGGCUAAGAAACAAAACAAAAGCUUGUGAUCUGACCCACUCCUUUGCCGCCUUCCUUCUCUUUCAGGCACCUGGAUGUAUUUAGUAUUCUGCCCUGUGCCUUGCCCAGGGGAGGGAGAAGUUUCUAGCAAAUGUGGCUUUCUGUCUGCUGCCUGGUGCUUUUAUAGUACUUCAUCUGCUUUUUAUUGUUGUUGUUGUGUUUUUUAACCAAAAUGGCAUUUGUUUGGCUGUCAUUGUCGAGUAUAUAUUUAUUGUGUUUUACAAACAUGAGUAUAUAUGUAUGUAUAUGUAUAAAACCAAACAUAUAUAUAAGAAGUCAAGGCAUGUAUACUAGAUAUUUUAAAGAGUUAUUUAUCAAGGGAAAAAGAUGUGUGUUAUAAAGUAAACAGAGUCUAUAUUUUCUAUAUAAUGUAGAUAGUCAAACAUAGCUUAUAAAUUAUAGGAGGUUUUGGUUUUCUUUUUUAUUAUUAAAGGAAAAAAAGAAGAAAAAAAAAGACAAUGAAUGCAACUGUUCUUAGUGUUUUUAAGGCCAAACUACUGUGGAAGCUGGGAGGCGGCCCUCCCUGCGGGCCUCCAGCAGCCCUGUGCCUGCCGCUAGGAGCUCCAGAGCUGAUGCCCGUUGUGACCUCUGCGAUGCUCGAUGCUCGGAGCCAGCGGUCAGCAUCACUCAGCCAGCUGGCCUGUGCCGCUCCGACGUGGCUUCCAGCUGUUCUCCGCAAUUUGCAUUGGUGGGAUAAAGGAAUGAAAAGGAUAAAUAAAGAUUUAAAAGAAAAUACAA